AAAACACUAUGGUCAAAGACCAGUAACAUGUUCGAUUCAUGGUGCAUAAAUGCUGUUUGUUAUAUGCAGUGGGGAUUUCGCAGGUGCGAAGACAUAUGUUGGGUGAAGACAAACAAAUCCAACGCCACUCCUGGAUUACGACAUGAUUCACAUACUUUGUUUCAGCGUUCAAAGGAGCACUGCCUUAUGGGCAUAAAGGGAACUGUUCGUCGUAGUACUGAUGGUCAUAUUAUUCAUGCAAACAUCGACACUGAUGUGAUUAUAGCUGAGGAACCUCCUUAUGGAUCAACUGCAAAACCUGAAGAUAUGUACCGUAUUGUUGAGCAUUUUGCACUUGGCCGUAGAAGGCUUGAGCUCUUUGGUGAAGACCAUAAUAUUCGAUCUGGCUGGUUGACUCUUGGGAAAGGAUUAUCUUCAUCGAACUUUAAUGCUGAGGCCUACGUAAGGAAUUUUGCCGAUAAGGAUGGGAAAGUUUGGCAGGGUGGGGGAGGAAGAAAUCCACCUCCAGAAGCACCACAUCUUGUUGUUACAACUCCUGAUAUAGAGGUGCUUCGGCCCAAAUCACCAAUGAAGAAUCAGCAGCAAAUGCAGCAACAAUCAGCGUCGAUAUCUCUGACUGCCAACUCCUCCAACAAGAGGGCAGCCGGGAACUCACCCCAUGGCCAUAACGCACAAAACAUGAACCAAGAAGCCUCCAGCUCGAAUCCGGGCCCUUGGGCUUCUCCAAUGGAUAGUUUUAAAGGGAGAGAGAGUGGCACACACAUGAUUCCAGAUGAUAGGGUUUUUGAUAUGUUUGGAUACAACAAUGCGGCCUUUGGACAGCCUAAUGCCGAAUACUUGGAUUAUGAAUCUCACAGAGGAAUGAAUAUUUUGUAGCGAGGAAACCAUGUAAUUGUAUUAUUAUUUUUAUAUGAUUACAAUAUAAAUGGCAUGAAGAUGCCUUCAUUUCU